GUGAUUGUAUGUAAUCUUUCCAUGGAGAUAUCCCCUAGCUCAUCAAAUUCGCCCUCGCUCAUGGCAGGAAAAGAACACUGGAAUCUGUCAACCAGCACCGCAUGCCCAUCUCCACUCUCUUCCUGUCCUGUCCGGUACAGGGCAAAACAGGCUGGGUCUUCUUUAUCAGUUUCGUGGGGUUGUGUGUGUGCCUCCCGUUGACCGGGUGCUUCCUUUGUUCCCCCCCCCUGCUUGGUAGGGACCCUCUAGUCUUUCUUUGUUUGUUCUUGUCCUUCUUCUUUUUCUUUUCGAGCGUUGUCUAUCUUACUGGCGGCUGUACAAAGGUUUCCACUUCCGCCGAGCUACAUUAUCUGUGGGGGCCAGGUCCGUCUCGGGAUCCUAAACUCUCUCUCUCUCUCUAUCUUUCUUGUCCACGCCUUGGGGGGGGGGGGUCGAAACCCAAAGUGACGGCCCUUAUCCCUUACGAUGACCGUGGCAAGGUCUGUCGGUGUACAAAACACGCAGGCGGGCGUGGAUGACUGGGUUGAGAGUGACGCUUGCCAAAUACCUACGUUAGAGGAGCAUGAGAAAGAGAGGGCGCUAUUGAAUAAAGUAUAUGCUUAACAGUCCAAUUUUGGGGCUCCGGCAACUAGGCAGACAGAUCAUAUAGGCGGCCCCA